AUGCCGUCAAAGAGGAGGUUGCCUCGUUGCCUUCUGGGCAUCGUACCCAACCUCCCCCUCUCCCCUCCUCCCUCCUCCAAACAGACCUUGUACUCCGCCAUCACCUGGCCUUCUUUGCUCAAAUUGUCGGCACAGUGGUCGCCACGCUUCUUCACCACGCCUCGCCUCACGCGAAAGAGAAAGGCGGCCGAGGCGGCGAUUGCGGACACCGACCAGUCUCCCCCCAAAGCCGCCACCAAGGCUUCCACUACCCGCACCGGACCCGCCACCGAUACGACACCUGAAUCCAAGUCUCCCUCCAACCUGCCCCUGGUCACCUCUCUCGAUUCAGACUCAGAAACAGUGACCCAGCUGGACGCACAGCACACCAAGAAGAGUCGGAUUGCGACGCCUGCAACCACAGCUGGCAGUAUGGAUUCGGACGAUGAUUUCAUGAGCGACGUCUCGAGCCAGGAUGCCUUUCACACGCAGGGCAGUGACGAUGAAAGCUUGGGUGAAGAUUUUGGCGAUCUGGACGCCGGCUUUUCGGAUGACAAAGACCUUCUGAAGCAGAAGCGCAAACCCUACGAGGUCAAGUUUGAGGUCUUGGCUCCCGUCGACAUUGAACGGGAACAGUUGGUGCAAGUCAACGAGGUUUCCACGAUCCUGGGUCUGCCCCCAGAGUCGGCGGCUAUCCUUCUCCGGUACGCCCGGUGGCGGAAAGAAAAGUUGAUCGAAGACUACAUGGAUCACGAGGACAAGACGCUCGAAGAUGCGGGCCUGGGGAAGAACGUCGACAGUGUGGCGCGGACAGAAAUCAUUCCGGGCUUCGUGUGCGACAUUUGCUGCGACGAAGGGAGUGACAUGGAGACUUAUGCGAUGCGUUGUGGCCAUCGCUUCUGUGUGGGUUGCUACCGGCAAUACUUGGCCCAGAAAAUCAAGGCAGAAGGCGAAGCUGCUCGAAUACAAUGUCCUGGCGAAAAGUGCCAUCGAAUCGUGGACUCCAAAUCGCUCGAUCUUUUGGUGACUGAUGAUUUGAAAGAACGCUAUCGCGCCCUCCUUACUCGAACGUACGUGGACGACAAGGAGAAUCUGCGAUGGUGCCCGGCUCCCGAGUGCAUCUACGCGGUCGACUGCGCGGUCAAAGCUCGCGAUCUUCGACGCAUUGUACCAACCGUACAAUGCCGUUGUGGACACGAAUUCUGCUUUGGCUGUUCGCUGAGCGACCAUCAGCCCGCUCCGUGCACGCUGGUCAAGAUGUGGUUGCAAAAGUGUGAAGAUGAUUCAGAGACCGCCAACUGGAUCUCUGCAAACACAAAGGAGUGCCCCAAGUGCCAGUCUACCAUCGAGAAGAAUGGUGGCUGCAACCACAUGACCUGUCGAAAGUGCCGACACGAGUUCUGUUGGAUGUGCAUGGGGCUGUGGGCCGAGCACGGAACCAGCUGGUACAACUGUAACCGAUACGAGGAAAAGUCCGGUUCAGAAGCGCGCGGUGCGCAAGCCAAAUCCCGCGCCUCGUUGGAACGCUACCUGCAUUACUACAACCGCUAUGCGAACCACGAGCAGUCUGCCAAGUUGGACAAGGAUCUUUACAUCAAGACUGAGAAGAAGAUGACGAGCUUGCAGUCUGCGUCUGGUCUUUCCUGGAUCGAGGUGCAAUUCCUCGACACCGCCUCUCAAGCUCUUCAGCAGUGCCGUCAAACGUUGAAGUGGACAUAUGCAUUUGCCUACUAUCUGGCUCGUAACAAUCUCACGGAGAUCUUUGAAGAUAAUCAAAAAGACUUGGAAAUGGCCGUGGAGAGUCUCAGCGAGAUGUUCGAGAAGCCUGUUCCCGAACUGGCUAAGCUCAAGGUCGAUAUUCUUGACAAGACCGCCUAUUGCAACAAGCGUCGGGUCAUUCUCCUGAGCGACACGGCGGAGAACCUCAAAAAUGAAGAAUGGACCUUCAACGUUGAGUGGUGA